AUGGCUAAUUCAUACACGUUACUUGCUGACUUGAAGGCUGGGAGAUGCUCUCAUUCGGCUGAGAUCCGGCUCCUCCGAUUCUGGGAAGCCAGGAACCUAAACAAAAAUAAUCAGCUGAUGAGCAUCGAGAUGUUGAUGAUCGAUGAGGAUUCGAUGCUGGUGCAAGGCUCUGUACCUGCUUCAUUACAGCAAACUUUCCGGUCCCGUUUAUCUGAAGGAUCACUGUACCGUAUGAGCGGUUUCGACGUCACACGCAGCAGUACAAAAUACAGACUCUCUGACGGUCCUGUCGCCAUUCGCUUCAACGAGGGAACUGAUUUCCAGAAGCUACUAACCACAUCAAGGAUAAUACCUACAGAAUAUAUCCGAUUCUGA